AUGUCCAGAGCUUACAAUUCGAGCUUGCCGGGGGUUCCCGAAUGGCUCAACAAAGGAGACAACGGAUGGCAGCUCACGGCGGCGACGCUGGUCGGUCUACAGAGCAUGCCGGGUCUCGUCAUCCUCUACGCCUCCAUCGUCAAGAAGAAAUGGGCUGUGAAUUCCGCUUUCAUGGCUCUUUACGCCUUCGCCGCCGUUCUCCUCUGUUGGGUCCUCCUCUGUUACAAAAUGGCUUUCGGAGAUGAGCUUUUGCCCUUCUGGGGCAAAGGCGGUCCUGCCUUCGAUCAAGGAUACCUCAAGAGCCAAGCAAAGAUUCCGGAAAGCGUUAUGUGGAAUGGAGACGGGACGUUGAAGAAGGCGGCGGUGGAGCCGUUGUUUCCGAUGGCGACUUUGGUGUAUUUUCAGUUUACGUUUGCGGCGAUAACGACGAUAUUGGUGGCGGGAUCGGUUCUGGGGAGGAUGAAUAUUAAAGCGUGGAUGGCUUUUGUGCCGUUGUGGCUGAUCUUUAGCUACACGGUCGGAGCUUAUAGUAUUUGGGGCGGUGGUUUUCUUUAUCAUUGGGGAGUUAUUGAUUAUUCCGGCGGAUAUGUGAUUCAUCUCUCCUCCGGUGUUGCCGGAUUCGUCGCCGCUUACUGGGUGGGACCAAGGCCACAGGCUGACAGAGAAAGAUUCCCACCGAACAAUGUUCUUUUGAUGCUCGCCGGAGCUGGGCUUCUUUGGAUGGGAUGGUCCGGUUUUAACGGCGGAGCUCCUUACGCCGCCAACUUAACCUCCUCAAUCGCGGUGCUCAACACCAACCUCUCCGCCGCCACGAGCCUUCUCGUGUGGACCACGCUCGAUGUCAUUUUCUUUGGCAAACCUUCUGUCAUCGGAGCCAUUCAAGGCAUGGUCACUGGUCUUGCUGGCGUUACUCCCGGAGCAGGGUUAAUCCAAACAUGGGCAGCUAUUAUAAUUGGAAUAUUCUCAGGAUCAAUUCCAUGGGCCUCUAUGAUGAUCAUUCACAAGAAAUCUGCUCUGCUCCAAAAGGUUGAUGAUACAUUAGCGGUAUUCUACACGCACGCAGUAGCUGGAUUACUGGGUGGAAUAAUGACAGGUUUAUUCGCACAUCCUGAUCUCUGCGAGUUGGCACUUCCUGUUCCAACCAGAGGAGCUUUCUACGGCGGCAAAGGCGGCCAACAGCUUCUGAAACAGUUGGUCGGAGCUGCCUUCAUUGCUGUCUGGAAUGUGGUGUCGACGACUCUCAUACUCCUUGCUAUUAAGGUGUUCAUACCGCUGAGAAUGGCUGAAGAAGAGCUUGGGAUUGGAGACGAUGCGGCUCAUGGAGAAGAAGCUUAUGCUCUUUGGGGAGAUGGAGAGAAGUUCGAUGCCACAAGGCAUGUGGAACAGUUUGAGAGAGAUCAAGAGGCUGCUCAUCCUUCUUAUGUUCAUGGUGCUAGAGGUGUCACCAUUGUUUUGUGA